AUGGCCUCCCCUCCACCCCAGAACCGGAGCCGUCGGCCCAGCCCCAGCGAGGACCAGGAUGAGGAGGAGCCAGUGGACCAGAUGAUCAGCAGGACAGGCUGUAUAGAGCAGCACUAUGCCGUCCAGGAGGGCAUGGCCGACCACCAGGACUGGAUGAAGUUUCCGAGCCAGGUCCAGACCUUCAAAGACUGUAUGAUGAUCUUCCAGAAAGCCUGGAAGGAACAGCUGAUGAGGCAGGCUCAAGCAGCAGCAGUGUGGGACACAGAGUCUCCUUAG